GUGUGGCUAAUGUAAGCCAGCGUCUACUGUUACGCUUUAUACUCCUACCUUUGGUAUUUACAUUGUACUGGAAGAAACAGAUAAGGUUUUACUUUUCUAAGAAUCGUGCUUCUUAUUGUAGGAAAUCCUUAGAAGAAAUACACGAUACCUCCUGGUGGCGUUUUUUGAUCGUUUGCAUAACAAGUGGACUGGGACAAUAGUGUAGCAGCAGUGACAUCGUGCUUGAUUGCGUUGGUACUGUAUAAUUUAACAAACAGGUGGUGUUCUUACUGAGAAGAAUGUAAUGGAUAUGUAUAUGAAAGUCCUACCAAUUGGAAGAGGAGCAAGCGCAGAAGUUUUCUUAAUGAAGCACACCGAGUCCAAGAAGCUGUAUGCUCUCAAAAGGAUACAAAUUGACAGCUCUCGGAAAACACAAACCAAAGAGGCUGUUCUAAAAGAGGCUGAAAUCCUCAGGAAGCUUAGGCAUCCCCACAUUGUUAUGUGUCACAAUCACUUCUUUGAUUCCCAUGAUGAAUACAUUUACAUUGUCAUGGAUUACUGUGAUGGUGGCACACUAGAUGACCGCAUUAAAGUGAGACAGAAAGAUUAUUAUAUUUUGGAGGAAGAGGUUAUGGGGUGGUUCGUACAGGUAGCCAUGGCUGUUAAUUAUAUACAUUUUAAUAAAAUUCUCCAUCGGGACAUAAAGACCUCAAAUAUUCUUUUAACCAAGAAAGGUAUGGUCAAGCUGGGAGAUUUUGGAAUAUCAAAAGUCAUGAAUGACACUCUGGACAUGGCAAACACGUGUGUUGGAACACCUUGCUAUCUGAGCCCAGAACUUUGUCAAGAUGUUCCUUACAGCUCUAAAUCUGACAUCUGGGCACUUGGGUGCUUGCUGUUUGAGAUAACCGCACUAAAACCACCUUUUGUUGCCAAAAACCUUAUAAAUUUGUUUUACAAGAUAAUUAAAGGAGAAUAUAGCAAGGUGCCAGAGGUAUACUCUGAAAACCUACACAAUUUAAUUCGAAAGAUGCUCAGUUUACUACCAGAGCAAAGGCCCAGUGCCAGCAGCAUCCUUAAUUUGGCUUAUGUUCAAAGGCAUCUGGGACUUUUUGUUAAGUGUCAAGAGUCCCAACUAUCAAGAUAUAAUCUUGGCUUUAGACAUGUGGUUGGACUCACUGAUGGAAAUAGAAAUAGCCCUUCAGUCAACUACAGAAGCAAAACUGCCUUUGGCAGUCCGUGGAAAGAUUGUGAAGAAAAUUGUGUAAGGUCAGCGCCUCCACUGCUUCAGGAGGAUCAUGAAAGCGAUGAAGAGGCUGUCUCACAGACUGAUGACGAAGGGUUGGUGGCUAGCAUUGGAGACAAAUCAGACUAUUCUGAAGACUUUGAAGAUCAGAAUAGUUUAUCUUCCAUUGAGGAGCACAUUGAGGGUGAUACCUCUUCCCCUGCUCUUGUGCAAAAUGAAGAGAUUCCAGAAGAACUAGAAGUGCCACAUGAUGAGGUGGAUUUUAGUGAGUACCUUGAUGACUUUGAGGAGGAAGUUGACCUCACUGAGGUGGUGAGUAAUGCCAAGACUGCCAUGGAGGUCACACCACAGAAUGACACUUUCCAGGAGGAAGUGGAGAACACAGAAGCAGGUGGAUUGUCUGCCGCUUUAAAAACCCUGCGAGAAAAGUAUAUAGAAAGCAUCGAUCAGACACUUUUUGAAGAGAUCAACUCGCAUUUCCAAAAUGGCCUGACUCCAAGUGACUUGCAGCCACAUUUUGAACACAAAAUGGAAGCAGAUCAUCUGGAGACCUGCUAUCUUAUAUUCAGCAGUGAUCAGGAAUCAGCAAAGACAGAAAGCUGUGAAGAAUUAUAA